UAAGUGCUCCAUAACAUUACCUGUCAACAUCCCUGUAUUCAUCCCGAUUUCAUGUCAUGCAUUUUGCUUUCAGGUUUUUUCUGCCUGGGUAGCGAUUCAACCCCUCUCCCGUGCCCAGAAGGCACCUUUCGCUCAACAGGAAGGUCUCCCUCCCAUUCGUGUGUGGCCUGCCCUGUGAACUUCUUCAAUGCUAAGCUGGGCCAAGCAGCUUGCUUCCCAUGUGGCUCGGAGGCUGUGCAGCCCAAGGAAGGUCAAAGAACGUGUGUCUGCCUUCGGGAAGGCCGAGUGUUCCAGCCUAGUGAUGCCCAAUGCCCGUGCGCCCCUGGGUAUAAAAGCCCUAUAGAAGACCGGAGAUGGGACUGCGUCAAGCAGAUGUAUGACAUCUGUAGAGAUGGUGCUGUCCGGAACGAAGAGGGGCAAUGCUUAACUCAGGAAGGAUGGCGCCACUACUGCUCAGACAAGGUUUGUGCUCUCCCCAAAGAUUAUCAGGGAUACGACAAAGUUCUUGGCCUCUGCCUUUGCCAAGCGGACAACCUGGACAGUCUGUGCAACCGCCUGUGCCGAAGACGACAAAGGAGAAUUUUCCAAUUUGUCAGUGAAAAAGAAUCAGCCCAAUUUUCUUUGGCCUUCAGAAAUGGGAGCCAGCUUGACGUUUUAUUGGAAGAGAUAAGAGCGUCGCUGCAGCUGUUAGAUUUCCACACACUAAAUGGGUGCACCUCGGAGGAGAACAAGAAAUCGUGCCCUGUAUACGUGGUAAAAACAAGUGCAUUGCUGGACGGAAGAGGUUUCACUGGGGUCCCAACGGUGGAAUUCAAACAGCAGUGCCCUUCCUGA